AUGCACAAUGGUGGAAUCGCCAAUUUCCACCUGAUCAAGCGAAAGUUGCAGAGUCAACUGCCUGAUGUCACUUUUGGCAUGGUCCAAGGCAAUACAGGCGAGUCAUACCCAAAAUUCCCUCCAUUUCCCAGCUCACACAGCCCAUUAGAUUCUGAAUGGGCCUUUGCACUCUUUCUAUCAAAGGCGAUGCUUGACACGAUUGCUUCCUUGAAUACCUUUGCGGAAGAAGCUGGGAUCACUGAGCCGAGUCUUAUGAACUUUUGUGUGACGGAUGGGGACACUGUUGUUGCUACACGGUAUAUCUCAUCACGGAAAGAUGAAGCAGCCUCCCUGUGGUUCUCAUCUGGCACAACAUUUAGUGAAUACGCAGAUGGCGGUCAUUAUAAAAUGUCGAAAGCUGACAAGCGAGAGAACAUAAUCAUGACUGCGAGCGAACCACAUACGUUUGAACGAGAAACCAAUACCAUGGUCGUCAUCACGCCCAAGAUGAAUCUCUUACAGACACCGAUAAUCGACCAAUUUUGCGUCGCGCCUUCGGAUCCUAAUUCCGCUCGAACUAUCGAGUUUGCACGAGAGAAGGGGUUGCUUACGCCUCGGAAAGAGCUAUCUUUGCCAUAGUCUAUAGAUUAUAUAGAAUAGUAUAUUGUUGUUGUUGUACAUACAAAUUGGAAUCUCACUAGCAAUUACCUGUGCGGGGCACGAUAGU